CUGCUCAGUGCUCAGUACUGAGCUGCUGGCAGAGAGUGUCCAUGUGCUUCUGCGGCAGGAAAUGUCUUCCCAUUUGCAGGGUUAAAUUAAGAGGAUAGAGGGUGUCUCCCUGGGCUGUGAUUCACAUACCACCAACUUUUAUAGGGAUCAGAUUGCAUUGCAUGACCUUGGCGGAUUUGGAAGCAGCUUCUACUUCUAUCAAAAUAUCAACAAGACACAGACACAGCAGCGCACAAUGCUGCAGAAUGGGGAACCAGAAGUCUCAUAGUGACAGCCUGAUAACAGGAGAUACUCUGGGAUCCGGAGCUCCGAUGUACUGGGAAGACCCUGUGCGCUACCUUUAUUGGAACACGUAGUGCUGUGGAUGCUGCCAGCCAAAUACCUCUCAUUGUGUGUGGAAUAAAAGGUGUUUAUAAUACACUUCAGCCUUCUUUUAUCAAGGGACCUCGCUGAGCUGCCUGUCAUUGUCACUCGGCGCUGCGCAUUGUUUGGCUGGGUUUUUAAGUUGCCUGAACUCCUCGGGGUGAGUUUCCCAGGCAGAGAGGAAGGAACUGAAUUGCAGCUGGUAAGGUUCCCGCUCCACGGACUGAUCUGAGAGAGCCCUGCGCCCACCGGAGAGAGCAUUAAUCAGGUUCCUGAAGUAACCAUGUGAUCUCCUCCACUUGCCUCGAAAGCAUGGACAACAUCACUUCGGUGACGACGAAUUGCACUUUUCAUGAGGAGUUUAAGAAAAUCCUCCUUCCCGUGGUCUACUCUGUGGUCUUAGUCUGUGGUCUUCCACUCAACCUAUUUGUCAUCCUUCAAAUAUGGCUGUCGAAGAAAUCGCUGACCCGCACUGCCAUCUACACUCUGAACCUAGCUUUGGCCGACUUUUUCUACGUGUGUUCCCUCCCGCUUCUCAUUUAUAACUAUGUCCAGCAAGACUAUUGGCCGUUUGGCGACUUCACCUGCCGGUUCGUCCGAUUCCAGUUCUACACAAACCUGCACGGCAGCAUCAUGUUCCUCACCUGCAUGAGCUUCCAGAGAUACAUGGGCAUCUGCUACCCCUUGUCCGUCUGGCACAAGAAGAGAGGCAAGAAGUUUACGUGGGUGGUCUGCGGGGUGGUUUGGUUCAUUGUCGUCAUCCAAUGUAUACCUACCUUCCUGUUUGCCUCUACGGGGAUGCAGAGGAACCGGACAGUCUGUUAUGACCUGAGUCCUCCCGCCCUCUCUUCCAGCUAUUUUCCAUACGGCAUAACGUUGACUAUAACUGGCUUCUUGAUCCCCUUCGUCGCCAUUUUAGUCUGUUAUUGUGCCAUGACCAAGAUUCUCUGCCAGAAGGAUGACCUCGCCGAUGCGGUGGUGCGCCGGAGGAAGGACAAAGCCAUCCGCACAAUCAUCAUCGUGGUCAUUGUCUUUGCCAUAAGCUUCUUCCCUUUCCAUCUCACUAAAACCAUCUACUUGGUUGUACGCUCCAGGACCGGCAUUCCCUGCCUGGUGCUGCAGACUUUUGCCAUUGUGUAUAAAUGCACCAGGCCCUUUGCGAGUAUGAACAGUGUCAUAGACCCCAUCUUGUUCUAUUUUACACAGCAGAGGUUUCGGCAGGGCACCAAAUCGCUGCUGUUGAGGGUUACCAGCAAGUGGAAGACUAAUACCAGCACUAAGACUGAGUUAUGAUGGUCAAGGCUGGGUUACUCGGAGACAAUGAGUUUCAAAAGGAACCUACCCCGGCAUAUGGGCGAGCACAGUAUAGCAUAACUGUUCAUAUAUACCAUUUGGGGUAAAAGAAGAAAAAUUGAUCCGCACAAAACUUUUACUUCAUCUGUGAGUGUUUGUUAAGGACAUUUCAUUGAGGUUCCUCUGAUCAUAAAUCAAUUAACAAAGAAUAUUACUAAGAAUAUGAAGAAAAUUUGCUCUUAUGAGGCUAUGUAACAAGUACAUACUGUAUAUAAGCAAAUAAAAAAAUCUCUAAUGGGGUUAGGGAUGGUCAACGACCAUGAAUGGUUAACUACAAUCGAUGGGGAACCACAGACGUUAGAUGGUUUUGCCACCAAUGGUGCAGAUCCAGUGGUUCUCCACCGUCGGUGCGCAGAGUUUUUUGUUUGUUUUCCCUUCCUCCCUUGCAUGAGACAUGGAGCUUAACCCUGCCCCUACCUCUGAUUUGUCCACUGACUGGUGAGUAAUAGAGCAGGGAUGACCAUUGGUGGGCAAAACCAUCGAUGGUUCCCCGUCAAUGGUUUCAUACCAUUAAGGUUACCCACCAAUGGUAUCAUGGAUGGUGACCAUCAAUGGUUAACCCACCGCUGGCCAUUCCUAAUGGGGAAGGGUGUCCACUUUGUUUUAUGACUCUCUCCCAUGCCCAUCACCCCUGUGAAGAAAAUAUUAGAUCAUGGGACAGACCCAUACACCUCAUUGACUAAACCCAGUGGAUGUUUCCAUUUGAGCGAGAUCAUGGAGGACAUAUAUUGAUUCUUCUGCUCUGCAUCCUGGUUUUAGUAGGCCGACUAUUUUCUAGACAGGAUAAAGGUGGUUACAUUAAGGUAGGCUUUCCACACUAUCCCUUUAAACUGGGACACCAGUGAAUUACACAGGUUCUCUAGCUGCUUAAAACCAGGUGAAAUGUAGGUUUGAAGUCAGCCAGGCACAGAACCUGUGUAAUUCAUAAGUGUCCCGGUUUAAAGGGAUAGUAUGGUAAGCCUACAUUAAGGUAUAGGACGCAAAAGCUUCAAAUUCUGUAGGGGGGGACCAUUGUAUCAAAAUGGGGUGGGUGGGAGAUUAGGUUUUUUUCUAACUAUACAUCUAAUUUUAAUGACUGUUAUUUGUUACUAGAUUUAUCUAAUGUUUUACAGAUUUAAGGGGCCUACUGUGAGAUGGAAGCAAAGCAAAAAAAAAAGUAACUUUGCACCUGGGUAAACCGUGUUGCAUUGAAGGUGGUGCAGGUGUAAGAUGUGCAGAGAGAUUUAGAUUUGGGAGGGACGUGUCCUAGCUCAGAUCUACAUUGCAACUAUGCUUGGCCGUGCAGCACACAGAGACGCAGGGGCAGGUCGCAAGGCAAAGCCCCCAUAAUCCAUGACCACACCCCCUUCUUGUGCGCACCACUAGAGUGUCAGGGCUGUUUUAGAAUCACAGUCCAUCCCUGUUGCACUGUUCAAAUAAAUCUGUCCCAACAUUUAUGAACUACAUGAAAAAGCAGCCAUUACGUACCCUGCAUGCAAGAACAAUAAAUGCAUCUCCCAGCUUUUUGCAAUAGCAGGUCAGGACCUCUAGCUCGCGUGGCCAAACAAAAGGGGGGGGUGGCACUGCAGCUGGGGGUGUGGCCUCACAGGAAAUGCUAUUCCGACAAAGCACACCCCACAUUUUUCGUCACAGUUGGGGCAUGCCCGGCACUCCUGCAGCUGCUGACCCUGCCCCCAGUCCUUCUCUCCUGCCAUCGAUGCCAUGACAUGCCCACAGCGUCUAUUCACCACAGAGCAGUAGGUAAAAUGGGGCUUCCAAACCUUCCACCUCCACCGAGGGACACUUUUGGCCCGCCAAAGGGAUGGCGGGACAGUGCCCAAAAAGUGGGACUAUCCUGCCAAAAUUGAAAAUUGUUGGGAGGUGUAUACAUGGGCAGCCCAGUGUGGAGUUUGUAUAUUCUCUCCGUGCUUGUGUGUGUUUCCACCAGGUAAUUCGGUUUCCUCCCACACUCCAAAAAUAUACUGGCAGGUAAAUUGGCUCCUGACAAAAUGAACCCUAUUGUGUAAGUGUGUGUAUGCAUGGGCACAGUCGAAGGGCCAAGUAAUUCUUCUCUGCCGUCACAUUCUAUGUGAUGUACCAGCACCCCCUCAUUGCAGCAUGGUUUGUUCCAGGUGGCAAAGUUACCUUUUAUGCUUUGCUCCCAGUCAUACCCUUAAUAACGUACUGCACAUAUUUAAUUACUAUUAAUACAUCAUAUACACAUGUAUAAAAUGUGACAGCAUAUAGACAGUGUGUUCAAUUCAUUGAUGUUGAUGCUGUGAUAAUGUUUUGUAUGCAUGACCCCUUCCCGUCCCCCCUACACACACACACACACACACACACACACACACACACACACACACACACACACACACACACACACACACACACACACUUGCUGUACAGCAGCAUCACAAGUCUCUAUUUGCAGUUACAAAACUUCAGUGACCUGUAAUUUCCUCAUGCGUACACUGGGGGGCACACUAUCCCAUGUGUAACAACUAUUGAGGCUGCCACGAACGAUGGAUUGACCACGGACCGGUCGUGUUUUAUAUGAAGAUUUCAAUUAUUUAUAUUACAUUAUGUGAAUAUUUCAGUGAUUACAGAUACUUAUUAUUAAUGUGAUUUGAAAAUCAUCGUAGGGAAGAUGACGAAUGUUCAGUGUUAUAACCACUUCCGCGUCAACCUUUUAAAAUGUGAAUUUGCCGAUCUGGACUGUGUGUUCUUAGAUACAUGUAUUGUGGCAUCGAUAUAAUCUACUGAUGUGAUGAAUAAAAGUAGUGACUGCCGGUUCA